GAGUACCACGCUCAGCUGGAGGAGAUGCGCGUGUCCAUUCGUCAGCUGGAGGAGAACCUGUCGGCCGCUCGCCGUCGCAGCGACCUGUACGAAUCCGAGCUGAAAGAGUCUCGCCACACCAGCGAGGAGCUCAAGAGGAAGGCUGUGGAAUACCAGCAGAAGAUUCAGAAGGCCAAAGAGCAAGGCAAAGCUGAGAUGGAAGAACUUCUGACCAAACUGCAGAAGACCAAUGCAGAGCAACAAGUGAAGAUCGAAGAACUCCAGGAGAAGCUUGCCAAG